AACAGGUUUGACUCUGUUACUACUACUACUACCCUCUAUAACAGGUUAGACUCUGUUACUACUACUACCCUCUAUAACAGGUUUGGCACUGUUUCUACUCUCUAACAAGUUGAGUAAUGUAACAGACAGACAGACACAGGCAUACACAGACAGACAGACAGACACAGACAGACAGACAGACAGACAGACAGACAGACAGACAGACAGACAGACAGACAGACAGACAGACAGACAGACAGACAGACAGACAGACAGACAGACAGUUGCAUCUGUACUAGGACCCCUUGUCUAAUGCUUCUCCAUCUAACUCUAGUUCUCGUGAGACUGAUUCUGAUUGGAGCGUGGUUCAGCUGCUUCCUGUCAGUGGCACCUACUUCCUGUUGUCUUCCUGAUGGACCCCCCGUCGUACAACGCUCAGUCCGAGGCCCCCCGCUAUCCCCCCGCUCCCACCGCCAUAGUAACCAUCCCCUCCCUUCCUCCCCACCAACCAACACCAACCACACCCCCACCCACUUACGGAGAAGCAGUCACCAUGCAGACGGACCCGUUUCCUGUCCUGACUCCGCCCACCAGGCAGUCACUACCCAGUCAGGCUGGCUUCUUCCUCUACCAAUCAACACAAACUGUCAACAUGGAGACAGUGCAGCAGCAUUCCCCGACGGUGGUGAUCAUCCAAUCAGAGGCUGUGGGUCCGAUGGGCGACGCCCCCUGUUUGACACAGUGUUCUAACUGUCAUCAGCGCGUCACGACGGUCGUCACCAACAGGCCUGGCGUGGCUGCGUGGGCCAUGUGUGGCCUGCUGACACUCAUGGGGUUCAUCUGCGGAUGCUGUCUGAUCCCGUUCCUGGUCGCAGGGUUCCAGGACGCUCAUCACUCCUGCCCGCUCUGCCACGCCCACCUCCACAUACACACCAGGAUGUGACAUCAUCACUACAUGCCAUGACAUCCUCACUACAGGACGUGACAUCAUCACUACAUGGCGUGAUAUCAUCACUACAGGAUGUGACAUCAUCACUACAGGACAUGACAUCCUCACUACAGGACGUGACAUCAUCACCACAAGAAGAGAAGGACUGGUGACAUCAGAAGCCCUAGUCAGAGUGUCCUCUCAGGGCUUUAAACCACUGGACUGGUGUAGACUGGGUUAGGGGAUAGAGAGGUUACAGAGGUUAGGGUUCAGAGGAGGGAAUGAGAACAUGGCUGUUGGGUUGAAGCUGUAUUAAAUGUCACUGUAUUCAAUAUAUUAACUAUAUCAUUUAUCAUAUUGCACACGGUAUUAACUACAUUAUUUAUUUAUUAAACAGUGUAUGAAUCAUAUUGUAUGUUAUA